GCUGGCGUCGUAGGGAGAGUCAGAACGAAAAAGUGUCGGAGGAAAGGAAACCCAAGUCCCCCCGGGCCGAGUCAGAGGGCGAGCUGGAUUCUCUGCCCAUAGCUAAAGUUUUAUUAUAAGGACUUUGUGUGUUUUAAAGUUAUUUGUUAUUUUUCUAAGUAGAGCUGAGUCACACAAGUGUAGGCUAACGCGGAGUCUAGACGGCCUGUUGAUCGUAAAGCGAGAUCGCAAGGGAACGGACAAGCAACAAAGACACGCUGGGCCAAACCGAUCCAGUUUUACCGAGCCCUGGAUCGGAACAAUAACGCAGAGGAUUUUUUUUUCUGCUUAUGGUGUGCUAAAUAGACGGUUAUUCUAUCGCCAGUAAACACGUGUCAAGAUGGAUCCUAAGCUCCUGUUGUUGGCCCUGCUGGGAGUGUUUUCUCUGAGUCAAGCACAACUCGAGGAGAAUGAGUGCAUCAAAGCCAAUGCUAAAUCCUGUGGAGCUUGUAUCCAGGUUGGAGAGAAGUGUGGCUGGUGCACAGACCCCGACUUCUUGAAGCAGGGGGAGUCGACAUCAGCACGUUGUGAUGAGGUGGACUCCCUGAUCAAGAGGAAAUGUGCUGAGGUUAGCAUCGAGAACCCCCGCGGAUCUCUGCAGAUCACACAGGACAAGAACGACUAACCGCAAAGGACAAGGACAUGGCAGAGAAAUCUGAAACCCGAUGAGAUCACCCAGAUCCAGCCAGAGAAACUGAAGCUCAAUCUGAGAUCAGGAGAGGCUCAGAAGUUCACUCUGAAGUUCAAGCGGGCUGAGGACUACCCUAUCGACCUGUACUACCUCAUGGACCUCAGCUGGUCCAUGAAAGACGAUUUGGAGAACGUCAAGAACCUCGGAACCGAUCUGCGGCGUAGGAUGCAGGACAUCACCUCCGACUUCAGGAUUGGCUUUGGGUCGUUUGUGGAGAAGACUGUGAUGCCGUACAUCAGCACGACCCCGGCUAAGCUGCUGAACCCCUGCAGCACGGACCAGAACUGCACGAGCCCGUUCAGCUACAAGAACGUGCUGAAGCUGACCAACGAGGGCGAGAAGUUCAACCAGCUGGUCAGUCAGCAGCAGAUCUCCGGAAACCUGGACUCCCCUGAGGGGGGCUUCGAUGCCAUCAUGCAGGUGGCUGUGUGUGGGGACCAGAUUGGCUGGCGGAACGUGACGCGGCUGCUGGUGUUCUCCACGGACGCCGGGUUCCACUUCGCUGGCGACGGCAAGCUGGGCGGUAUCGUUCUGCCCAACGACGGCAAAUGCCACCUGGAGAACAACAUGUACACCAUGAGCCACUACUAUGACUACCCCUCCAUUGCCCACCUGGUGCAGAAGCUGAGUGAGAACAACAUCCAGACCAUCUUUGCAGUGACCAAUGAGUUCCAGCCUGUCUACAAGGAGUUGCAGAACCUCAUCCCCAAAUCUGCAGUGGGAACACUGUCCUCGAACUCCAGCAAUGUCAUCAACCUCAUCAUUGAGGCCUACAACGCCUGUGGGUCUGAGGUGAUCCUGGAGAACAAUAAGCUUCCUGAAGGUGUGUCCAUCUCCCACGUCUCCCACUGCAAGAGCGGAGUGAGCCCGGACGGGGAGACGGGCCUUAAGUGCUCCAACAUCUCCAUCGGAGACGAGGUGGCGUUUGAUGUGGCCAUCACGUCUAAGGGUUGCCCGUCCAGUAAGACGGAGACGGUGAGGAUUAAGAUGCAGGGCUUCACUGAGGAGGUGGAGGUGCAGCUCAACUUCAUCUGCGAGUGUGACUGCCACAAGACCGGCAUCAACAACAGCCAAAUCUGCCACUUCGGAAACGGCACCUUCGAGUGUGGGGCUUGCCGCUGUAAUGAGGGGCGCAUUGGUCAGAAGUGUGAGUGCAGCACAGACGAGGUGCGGACAGAGGACCUGGACGCCAGCUGCCGCAUGGACAACGGAACGGACAUCUGCAGCAACAACGGAGACUGUGUGUGCGGCACGUGCGAGUGCAAGAAGAGGGAGAACCCCGAGGAACGCUACAGCGGCAAAUACUGCGAGUGUGACAACUUCAACUGCGACCGCUCCAACAACAAGCUCUGCGGAGGCCAUGGGCGCUGUGAGUGCCGCAACUGCAUCUGUGACGCUAACUACACGGGCAGCGCUUGCGACUGCUCUCUGGACACCUCCACCUGUCUGGCCAAGAACAAGCAGAUCUGUAACGGCCGCGGCACCUGCGAGUGCGGAGUGUGUAAGUGCACUGACCCCAAGUUCCAAGGAGCCACCUGUGAAGUGUGUCCAACCUGUCCAGGAGUGUGUACAGAGCACAAGGAGUGUGUGCAGUGUCGUGCCUUCGGUACUGGUGAGAAGAAGGAGACGUGUGAGCGUGACUGCAUGUAUUUCCACCUGGAGAUGGUGAAGAGCCGUGAUGACCUCCCACAGCCUGGGGCCGGGCCCUUCAUCUCCCACUGCAGGAGCGGCGCCAACGACUGCUGGUUCUACUACACCUACGCCGUCAAGAACGACACCACCAAGGUCGUCCACGUGGUGGAGACUGCAGAGUGCCCUGACGGUCCUGACAUCAUCCCCAUCGUGGCGGGCGUUGUGGCGGGAAUCGUUCUGAUUGGUCUGGCUCUACUUCUAAUCUGGAAGCUGCUGACUAUCAUCCACGACCGCCGCGAGUUCGCCAAGUUUGAGAAGGAGAAGAUGAACGCCAAGUGGGACACGGGCGAGAACCCCAUCUACAAGAGCGCCGUGACGACCGUCGUGAACCCCAAGUACGAGGGCAAAUGAUCACGCCGCUGCCUCCUCUGUCUCCAGGACAACACUGUAUGCAAAUCAUUCUGCGGGUUGAGGGUGGGGUUUUGGAGUGGGCGGGAUCAGAGUGUUAUUACAUCACUUCCUUUUUUCCGUUGGAUCACCGAAAUGCUUCUUUGUGCGUUUUUGCCACUACUUUUGAGUAUUUGUUUUACUAACUCCUUGUGUUCCUAUUUUUUACGCUGCAUCAGAACGUGUACAGUUUGUAUAAACUUGGUUUUAUCUGUAUUUUUUUAAACCGUGGAAUUACAGAGAAUGUUUAAAUGGAAAUGUUUUUUUUUUUAAGGAUUCAUUUCGGCCGCAGGACUGGUGAGUUUCGAGAUGGUCAGAGGGGGAACGUGAGGCAGGAUAGGAUUAGGAUUAGUUGGAGGAAUUCUGGGAAAGGAUGGGGUAGUCUGGGAUUGGUUGGAGGAAUUCUGGGAUUAGUUGGAGGAAUUCUGGGAUUAGUUGGAGUAGUCUAGGAUUGGCUGUUGGAAUUCUGGGAUUGGUUGGAGGGAUUCUUGGAUUGGUUGGAGUAGUCUGUGCUGCGACCUGCCCUCUGCUAUUUGACGCUGAUGUGCUCAUAUCUAUCUAUGCCUCCCUGUCUGUAGGGAUUUAGAUGUGUCCAUAGUUUAGAGUGGACAGAGCCAUACUUCACCCUGCAGGAAAGCUCUUGCGGUCUGUGGGCCAAUGCCCUCUUAUGUAUAUUUCACUAAUGUGUAGCUGCCCAAUGCCUUCUGAUCUCAAUCUCACUGGUGCGCAGCUGCCCAAUGCCUUCUGAUGUGUAUUUCACAUAUUAUGUUUAGCUGGUCUGGGUUGAGAGGACACCUGCAGUACGGCCUAUCAGAAAUUACUUGGCCUAUAAAAGACGCCAUGCUUCAUAUCCGCUCAGUGAUGUGUUGGUAUGGUGGACACAUCUGUAGUUUCAGCAGUCGCCAUUAACAUAGACUCCCGUUUAUAUUUCACUAUAGAAGAUAGACAUCUAUACUUGGACCUCCCUGGAUACUGGCUGAGGUGUGUGUGUGUGUGUGUGUGUGUGUGUGUGCCAGCCAUAUGUGUUAUGCUGGCAGAAGCCCCUGGUAGAUCAGUCGGCUGCGAUUCAUGACUAUGCUAGCCUAUGGUGCUGUAUGUCGUAGCCUAUGCUAGCCCUGUAGCCUAUGCUAGCCCUGGUGCUGUAGCCUAUGCAAGCCCUUGUGCUGAAUGAUGUCUGUCAAUCAAGGACCUUCUCUGUCAUAGCCAGGGUGCCUCCUGAAGUGUGCCGUGCACCAUCGCCAUGACUACCCACACCCAUUACAGAUAUGGUGAGGUGGAUAUCAGCCCCAGACACCCAGGCUGAGAUCUAUAGUGUGUAAAUCUUUGCCCCAGAUUAAACUCUAUAGUGUGUAAAUCCCUGCCACAUAUUAAACUCUAUAGUGUGUAAAUCCCUGUCACAGAUUAAACUCUAUAGUGUGGAAAUCCCUGCCACAGAUUAAAAUCUAUAGUGUGUAAAUCCCUGCCACAGACUGAAAUCUGAGAGUGUCUGCAUCCCUGCCCCAGGCGACCAAAUUGAAAUCUAGUGUGUAAGUGUGUGUGUCGACCCUCAGGAGAGCAGUCUGUAAUUAGUAGAAUCGCAGUGCUUCAUCGCUGUGCUGCAGUAAUUUGUGUCCUGCUGGCGGUCAUCAGUCAGCCAGAAGUCAGCCAGACGUCAGCCGGCUCUGAUUCAGACCCUUUGAGCUGGUGGCUGCUGAUGGCUCCACACUGUGCGAUGCACAGCACAUUGAUGCUUCUCCUUCAUGAAUCGCAUUGCUGUGUAGCGUGGAGCUCCCAUCCCCUUCAACGAGACGGAGUUCUGCAGCAGGUGCACCUGGACCCAGGUGUGUACCGUGGAGAGGAGCCGUCCACACUCGUAGAGCCGUGCCGGCCCCAGGGUGGGGUGUGUCCGUGCCGGCCCCAGGGCGGUGUGUGUCCGUGCCGGCCCCAGGGCGGGGUGUGUUUAAACUACAGCAUGUACUCAGGUCCCAGCCUUCUCGCUGUCCUCAAAGCCAAAUAGAGCAGCCUCAAGUGCUCACGAACACCAGUUAUGUUGUUCAAUGUGUAGGUAGGAACUGGUCCGUCUGUCGAUGGAUUCACUAUGCUUGCUUGUCCUUGAUAUUUUCCAUGAUGUUUUAUUUUAUUUUGUUAUCUUGUAAUUCUCCCUUUUUGAACGCGUGCCAUUGUCACAUAGCGUGAUCAGUUAUCACAUUUCAUCCACUGAUUUCGAGAUCAGUGAUUUUUCAAAUAGCCUAAUUCAGUGUUAUAUGAUCAAAAUCAAUUCCAUACACACACACACAUGCUCCCGCACGUGCACGCACACACACACACACACACACACACACACCCCUAUUCAUGCACAUUAAACACAUGUCCAUGCAUUACAAUCCUAUGUUUUUUAAGUGCCUUUUUUGAAAAAAAAAAAACUUCAAGUUCACAUUUGCAAUCCUAUUGUUUUCUGAAGUUAUUUAUUAAAGUAAAGACCCAAACGA